AUGUACUCCGCUAUUGCUUUUAUAUUUUUAGGGGAGCGGCAUGCCACACUUCUCCCGCCUUCCCCCUCUUUUCCCAUUCCCUUUUUCAAUCCUCACAGGCCAUUGAAACGAGCAGCACUGGGUGCCAGUGCAGGGGGGGGAACGUGUCCCAUGGAGGGCGCAUCUGGAGAAGGUGGCAACUGCCCGGCGUCCUUUGACGGGGUGAACGAGCGCCUCUUUCUGGCGGAGCGAGGAAUCCUGGACGGGCAUGGCAUCGGGCCUCAGUACACGUGGUUCAAGCACCUGGUGUACGGCCCUGAUAAGGACAACGUCUAUGCCACGUCAGUAUUUUCAGGCAUCCGUGAUGCCAUUGCUGAUGUCAUCAAGAGCAGUGCCUCUAAGGGAAAUCUCGAGGAUGGGGCGGGUGGUGCUGUGAAGGGGAGAAGGAGUAGUGAGGGUGGGGAGAAGUGGAGUGCGGUGCAGCAUGAGAUUUUCCGGGCGGCAUGGGCAAUUGAGAGGGCAGCGAAGAUCCUCAAGGGGCAGCUGCUGUGA